AAAAAUGAAUUAAUUUUCCUAUUUUUUUAAUGGUUUGUUAAAAUGACAACAUUGACUUUUAUCUCAAUUUUUAAAAAGUUAGAAUUUGUAACUUCAUGGUUUAUUACUUGAAUAUUUUGAAAAGUUUUUAAGAAGUUUUUAAGAAUAAAACAAAUUAUUCCACCCAUUUUUGUUACAAAUAUCGGUUUACAGCAUGGAUUUAUCAUCGCUGAAUACAAGCUCUUUUCUAUAUCUGGUUUAUAUUAACUCAAUAUCAUUUUUUUUAUGAGCAAUUUAUUAAAUAUUUAAGGUCUAUUCUGUUUGAAGUUUUUGAUUUUGUUCAGAGAAAGUAUUGAAAAAAGCAAGAGAAAUUAUUUUAUUCGAUUUUUUUUGUAAAAAUCGACAAAAUGAUCGCUGGGGAGUUAAAAAAACUACUCUCCAUCAAGAUUAAAUAUCGUUCCGAUGGCUUCACUGAUCAAUUUAACCGAGUUCUGGUCAUGAAACUGUUGUUGGUCUGCUCAACUGUUAUGUGUAUUAAUUGGUUUAAGGAUUCUGUAAAUUGUGUUGUACCGUCUUCUGCAACUGUGAGUUCAAGUUUUGUUUCCUCAGCAUGUUGGAUUCAGGGGGUUUAUGUUUACGAUGAACUUAAAGAACGUGUUGACAGCGUUGGUUAUUAUGGAAUUCCUAAAGAUAUUGAUAUGGACGGUACUUAUGAGGACGGAAGACCCUGUCCAGUAAAGACCGAUUCAAAGGUUUUCAUUGGUUGCAAGCCGUUGACAAAGACUUUUUUCCUUCAGUAUCAAUGGUUUCCUUUCUACAUCGGAGCAAUGGCAUUAUGUUUUUAUCUGCCAUAUGUUUUGCAUUUGUUUGCUAACGAAGAUCUGAUAAGCUUAAAAAAAACUGUAAAGUCAAACGGUUCCUCAGCCGACGCCAUAUUAAACAGUUAUUUUAAUAGAAAAACAAGUUCCAAAUCUCGACUUCGGUUGCGGAUUUUGUACAAUUACAUUAUUAAAUCGCUCUAUGUAUUUGUGAAUAUCAUUUCGUUCAUACUUACUGAUAAAAUAUUCUUGGGAAAGUUCAAAAAUUACGGGUCAAAAUGGCUACUUUGGUCUAAACUUCCGAACUCUGUUGCCUAUGAUUACAUGGGUGCACGUAGUUUUCCGAAGCCUGGGAAUGAGUUAUUACCUCCGUUUGGAUACUGUGAGCUUUACGAGUCAUCUAAAGACAUUAAGCAUUCGGUCGCAAAUCAUUACCGAUUUCUCUGCGAGAUGUCACAAAAUAUUCUUUAUCAGUAUUGUUUAAUAGUAGUUUGGUUCUUGCUUGUGCUUGGAAUAGUGAUUUCAAUUAUAGGUCUUCUUGUACUUCUCCUCAAUCACGUGCUAACUAUUGUGUUUGUCGUAUUUCGUGGAUUAUCUGCGAGAAAGCUUUAUAAAGUUUUAUCAUUACGUGAGUGCGAAUAUUUAGAAUUAAUAAGAAAACGCAACUUGCCUCUGUAUUCGGAAAUAAUUUUAAAAUUACGACUUGAAAAAUACAACGGCACAGGUUCAACUCCUUGCGAAUCUCCUCCACCUGGUUUUGACGAUCUCUCGAAAUUAAAUAGUCACGUGUGACUGGAAUUUAGCUGCCCAAAUGACCAAAAUGGAAAUGAUUUUUUGAGACAAGCAUUUGGAUAACGAUCUUCACGUGGUUAUUUAAAAAUUCAUUUAAAGUUAUCGUUUGACUAUGUUUAUAAAAACAUUUUACAUUUAGGUAACCAAAAGUUUGCAUUAAAUUUAAAGUUAGAACAAUUCAUAUUUUUUGUUACGCUUAUUUUCAUAUCAUAUGCUGAGUAAAGACUUUUAAAUGCAGUUUUUUAGAUGAGUACAUUCGUCUAAUGCUGCAUUGGAUGUUCUCACUAGUAAUUUUGUAUAUAUUUUAUAACGAGUGUAAACUUAUAUUUUAUUUGAGAAUGAUCUAUACUAAAAUUAA